AUGGGCAAAGAAAAUUCUAAGGUUGAUUCUCCGUUAGAUCCAGUUUUUUCCCGGACAAAAGGGGAGCAGAGUUCCUCCUUGGCUGUAGAAAAUGUCAAGUUCACAACGGUUACUUCCCCGGAGGUAAACUUAGUAGACGAAGACUCAAAGGAGACAGAACUUGAACAUCAAACAGACAGUAUUGAUUCCAAAGAAAAGAAUUUAACACUGCAUUAUACAGGUCACUUUCGCGAAGAUCCCUUCGGCUUUAUGAUGCAAAUGGGUGCAUUCUAUCAAGGAACGGGGUGGAGAAGCUAUAAAAACUAUAUCGGCAGUAGGAUAUUUUAUGAGGGAUACACGGAAGAAGUUAAAGAACGUGUAUUAAAUAGCGAACGCGUUCUCUACAUGAUCGCUUACCUGGCCGAAAAACAGGCUAACAUCCUCGCUCAAACAAUACCAAAUGCUACACCGAAACUUAUUGCCAAAAGAAAAAAAAAAUUCGAAAAAGAACUACAAACAGUGGCCAAUACGAUGGUGGAGAAGUUGGUUACUAACUUCGAUAAUCUAAGAUUUAUGAGAGUCAUCACUUAUUUUACGAAUAACAUACUAGUAAGGAUGUAUCACCAAGGAAUUAAUAUUUGCGAAAGAGAUUUUAUGGAGCUUCGUCGUGUGGCUAUUAAAGCAGCUCAGAAUUCACAGUCCCUUAUCAUUGUUCCAUGUCAUAAAUCACACAUAGACUAUUUAGUUGUGUCAUACAUCUUUUUCCGUUUGGGCUUGGCACUUCCACACAUAGCUGCGGGAGAAAAUCUUGAUUUACCAAUUGUUGGUGGAGUUUUAAGACGUGGUGGUGCCUUUUUCAUUCGACGCUCGUGGGGAGAGGAUCAAUUAUACAAUAGUAUCGCGAAGGAAUACAUAGAAGGGUUAUUAGAACGUGGUCACAACAUCGAAUUUUUCAUAGAAGGAACUAGAAGCCGUACAGGGAAAGCUCUGCCCCCAAAAUUGGGACUCAUGAAAAUUAUAGUGGAUUGUAUAUUGUCUGGAAGAGCCAAAGAUUGUUGGAUAGUUCCAGUUUCUAUUCAGUACGACAAGGUGAUCGAAACCGAGUCUUACGUUAACGAAUUAUUGGGUAAUCCAAAGGAACGAGAAAGUCUUUGGGGGUUAGUUAAUAACACCAGAUUAUUACAACUGAAAAUGGGACGGAUUGAUG